GCCCACUCUCUCUCUCACACACACACACACACACUCUCUCUCUCUCUCUCUUCCUCACACUGAAUCCAAUCUCUUUCCCUUCUCAUCUGCCGAAUGAACUGAUCCCCUCUUACAUGAACUAUCCCUGGCAACUUCUCAUCUCUUGACACCCCUUUGUGCUGACCAACUUUCACACCGCCAUUCUUUUUCGCCACUCCGUCUACUGUGCUCGUCUCACCUUUGACUCUCAAGUCUUCAAUGCUCUGAUCAUGGACAAAAAGGAGGGAGCAGCCGACUUGACAGAACAUUCUUCGCCCUCAGCACUGGCCCCACCUCAUGCUGCGCCUGCUCGAAGAAGGUCCAAGUUAGCAUGCGAUACAUGCCAUUAUCGGAAAAUCAAAUGCGAUGUUGAAAAGGGUCACCCUUGUAGGAAUUGUGAAAGGAGCGCGGUGCAAUGUACACUGGUUGGACCAAGCAUGCGUCCCCCUCGCAACAUAUCAGGGUCUACAUCAGCAGCAGCGGCGGCAGCAGUCGCUGUUGCCGUGGCCACCGCAGCAGCAGCAAGCGCGCAUUCAGGAACCGGAUCAGUGUUUAACGGGCCGGGGACUGAAGGUGGUCCUACUGGCGAGUACGGGACGAUCUGGCCGACGCAGGUGGAGAUGCAAAGUAUGGAUGGUCAAGGAAAAGAGGCUGGAAGCGUCAGAGUGCCUGGUUUACUCGUCAGAAGGGCCAGUGCAUCCGGUCAACUCAUGCGAGCAGACGAAGUCGAAUCGAGCAGUGUGGACGCUGCUGGGGGUUCAGAGCCUAAAGGAAAGAGAAGCCUUAUGAGCUCCUCCUCUUCUCCAACAUCACUUCGAGCGCUGUUCAAUGCUGGUGCCGCUGUCGCCCGCUCCGCUUCAUCGGCCUCAUCACCGCCGGAAUCCCAUACGGGAACAAUCAACAUCACCAGUUCGAUUGAGGGCACGUUGAACAGCCAAGGCGUCGCUGUACAGGAUACACGCGCAGAGAUGGCAGGAGACGCUCCCAUUGUUGCUUCUUUCGACUAUUUUGAUCAACCGGUUACGUACUCAGAGUCUUCCAGCAGCUCGUCCACACCCUCUGGUGCCUUGAUGAGCAACGGCAUCGCGAACUUCAAUUACCCUGUGGAUGCCAUGUCUAGCACAGUUGCGCACCUGAUCUCGCCGCUUUCCUCUCCUCUAUGCCAUGCUCAGCCGUCGUCACUACCGCCCACACCGCUCCACCUCAUAGCAGAAAGGCUACCAGAGAGCAUCAUCGCCGGCACAUCAAUCAAUGGGCCAGGAAGAUAUGCUCCAGGCAAUCCGCAGUUCCAGUCGUCAGUGUCUCAUUCUCGACAUAAUGCUCCGCGACGGGCGUCUAGCUCUUCCUAUUUGCCCUCGCAUCCUUCCACGGACAGUGAUGUCAAAGUACAGCAGCAAGACAGACGUACCUCAGCCCCGUGGACCACCCAUAACUACUCACAAUCUCUACUAUAUGAGAAUCGGCAUUUAGCGCAGACGCAGACUGGAUCUAGUGGCGCCACAAGUCAGCAAUAUGGAGCAAUACAUUCCCAUGUGAAGCACGCGACUGCAGAGGACAUCCACCCUUAUCCGACACAAUCUGCACUCAUGCGUUCUAACAGCACACCGGCUGCGCUGCGGUCGCCUCUUAAAUCGCUUAACAGGAAUCGCCACAGUGCUUUGCCUUCACGGCGGUCUCACAUCGGUCCAACAAGGCAUUCAUUAAACCUGUACGCGUCGACUGACAAAGUCAUACAAGAUCUUUCGCUUCCGCAGCAGCUCUAUCGACACUCAGCCUUGCCUCAGCGAAACAACAGCAAUAUGAGCCAUUUACAAUUUCAUCUUCACCUUCAGCAAAUCCAGCAAUCCCAGCAUCAUGGGCAACGCAGCCAGUCUUUACCGCGGCACCAAUCGGAGCAACCUCAUAGUUCGUCGUUGCAGCAGCAGAGUGGGCACGGCGUACCGCAAUGGCAGCAAGGAUAUAGUAUUCGGCAGCAUCCCCAGGAGAGCGAUUUGCAUUUUGGAGUGGGUGUCAGCAAUUCAAGGGCAGACCUUAUUUUGAGCUCGGAACCUACGUCAAUGGCUCAGGGCACGCAACAGGAAUCCGAUGCUUUUUCAUCUAUUCGACCUACGGAUGUUCUGUCUCCCAUCGGCAUCCCUUGUUCCACGCAAGCAAACACAGACAAUCUUCGGUCCUUUACCACCCAUAUGAAUGCUUCGUUCGAUCCAAACCCGAUGGAAAAUGCGACCUCGAGUCCCAGUGUAGGCAACAUAUCUCAGCACGAUUUGCUGUCACGGCAGCAGAUCCAUCAGCAACCGUCCUCGGACGAGCAGCACCCUAAACUUCAGUUUGCUGCUGGAUAUGUAUGGAAGCAGGAGGAUGAACCUGAUCGCGUUGUUGGCCACACCCGACACCAAAGCGCCUCUCAAGUCUACUCUCAACACCCACCGCAGUUCCAGUCAUCGGUCCAGGAAAGGACUAACUGGACGCGAUCACUACAAGACCUCACACACUACACCACGACCCUGGUUGAUCGGCAGCAGCGAUUGGCGGAUCAAACGCAACUUUUACGACAAGAGUCGUCUAUGGCUCAGGCUCCGGUACUCGAUCAGUCAGCACCUCAAGACAACUUUGGUGCUUCAUUAGCAUUGGACCUGGAUGAUAACCUGCGACUUCUAGAUGACAUGGACAUCGUGCCAGAGUACAACGAGUACAACGAGAUCUCUCGGUCGCCACUCGCCUCUGCCCACAACGGAAAGGAUGUCAUGCUUCAAAACGUAGCUGGGAUACCAAGCCAUCUGGAGCAAACGCUGGUUGGAUCAGCACCGGCAGCCGUUUUGAACCAUCCAACGCAGCGCUCGAUUUUCAGCGCUGUAGCUGGACUAGGACCAACCUCUCAAGAUCAGCUGCAUCUGAAUACACAGAGCAUCAACAACGCUCUAGGACAGUGUACAGAGGUCCUGCAUUUCCAUGGAGACCCUUACAUCGACACGCUGUCGUUUCUGGACCUGUCCGGCACUUUCAUGGCCUCGACAACGGCCUCUAUGAAUCCG